AUGGGCCUCAUGGGAGACAUCGAAGGCGCCAUGGGCGGCAACGGCAACAACCAGCAGCAGCAGGGCAAUAACAGCUACGACAGCCAGCAAGGUAUGGGCGGCGGCUACGACCAAUCCAACCAACAGGGCGGUGGCUACGAUCAAUCCAACCAACAGGGAGGUGGCUACGAUCAAUCCAACCAACAGGGUGGUGGCUACGAUCAAUCCAACCAACAGGGAGGUGGAGGAUACGACCAGCAACAGCAAAGCGGUAGCGGGCAACAGAAGCAAGGCCUCAUGAGCGAGAUGGAAGGUGCCGGAAAGAACGCCAUGGUCGACCAAGAGGUCAACUCGUUCAUGAACAAGGAGGGUGUCCCGGCUGGUGCAGAUGGCAUGGUCGACAACUUCGUCAACAAGGAGGCCGACAAGUACAUUUGA